AUGUCGCCUCGUCUUCGUGUUUUGGCUGGUCCGAGCCUCUCUUCUCUGCAGCCGAUUGAAGUCAAUUCGGAUAAAUCAUUCGAGAUAGUGUCGGACGUGUUCGAAGGGAAGGUGUUGGCAUACAUAAAGGAUUUCACGGAUGCCGAAGGGAAAGUUCUGAAGCAUGACUACUUCCAGAAGCCAGAGAGGAAGGACGUUUCCUGGAGCAUUCAGGUCCAAGGCAGGUUCCUUGAACCACAAUCUGCAGAUGACAUCCUGUUUGGAAAUACGUUCGACCAUCCGUUAAACCUUCCAUGGGGCUCAGGGGCUGCCUUAAAGCUCAUGAAAUAUGUAGAUCCCACUUUGGAGCACGACUUGACAUCUCAGACCCAACCGUGGGCCUUGUCGCCUCUUAUAUCGACCAUGCCUUACUUGGCUUAUACUCGUUCGGAGGCCCCAGCAUUCCCUCCUCUGGCUCCCCUUAACGACGACACUUCACAAUUGUAUCUGGCUGCAACCGACAGGAAUUUGUCACUAUCCAACGCUAGCGAACGUCGCUCGUAUUUCACUCAGGCCAAGCGCAGGAGAGAAAUUGUCUUUGGUCCCGAGGAUGUCUUAACCACGGACUUCUGCUACGGUUACCUAGAAUUCAAUCCCUCGCUCGCUCUGAAGCUUCCCGGCGGGCUCAGCAUUGACCUUAUGCGCUAUUGGGACGGGCAGCAAGUACGGUUCGUUUGCUGUAAGCGCAGAAAACCUGAAGACCCAGAAGGCGAGGACGGUAUGCCCUGGGGUCGAAUCUUCUGGUGUGUCGCAAUCGAGCUGGUGAAGGAUAGAGCCCAGGGUGAAGGUCAUGUCGGCGCGUAA